GUACUCCGUGGAUUACUGAGUACUAGUAUUGUUUUUGUUGAAUGGAAAAUGCUCAGGGUCUCGGCUCAAGUGGGGCAGUCCAGAUCUGAUGACCUUCCCAGAAGACAGUCUCGUACGAGAAACCGGGAGAUGCAAUGGGGUGGAAUUAAUGGAACUCCUGGGGGAAGCGGGGAGGAUUUCUACUAUUGGAUGAUUAAGAAGGCACAGGUCGCUGUACUUUCCCAAAUUAUCUACACAGUACUACUAUAUCUCUGGUAUUUCAUCAUACUCUUUCUUCCUCCUCCAAUUGUUCUUUCCACUAUAGUAGUUGCUUCUACCUGGUAGUAGAGUACUAGUACUACAGUAAGUACUAGUCAUUCCAUGGCAUUCUACUAGAUAAGAUGAACACUCUAGGAGAAAUUAUUUCCAUGUGCCCCAAAUUUCUCCCUCGUCUCCCCACGGAAUUCAACCCAUCUGGGACAAGGCAGCUCAAAUAGGUAAUCUGCCAGG